UCAUGUGAAACAAAAUGGCUGCCACACGUAUUCCAAGAGUAUUUAAUGAAAGAAGAGAAGUUCUGCAUACAUUAGAUGAUAAUGAGCUGUUACAAAGGUACAGAUUUGACAGAAACAGUAUUGUUUACAUCUGUGAUUUACUAGAACACGAUCUAAGUCCCGUAACGCAUCGGAGUUGUGCAGUGUCCUGCGUUACCAAAGUGCUCGUCACUUUGCGUUAUCUUGCCACUGGCAAAUUUCAGAUGUGCAAUGGCGAUGACCAUGGACUGAGCCAACCCACCAUCUCAAGAGUCAUCGAACAAACGCUUCAAUCACUCACAAGUCAGCGUAUGGUCCGUAGAUUUGUCACCUUUCCCACGCAAGCCCAAGAUAUAAGACGACACCAGCGUCGAUUUUAUCAGACUGCAAACUUCCCCGGUGUAACAGGUGUCAUUGAUGGCACUCACGUUCAAAUUCAGGCCCCAUCCGUGAAUGAGAAUGAAUUCAUUAACAGGCAUCACUACCACAGUAUUAAUACACAGAUAGUGAUUGACAGCGACGACCGGAUCAUCGACAUUGUAGCACGUUGGCCUGGCUCAACACAUGACUCCCGCAUCUUGACAACAAGCGGGUUAUGUCGGAUGUUUGAGGGGAACCAGUUACCCGUAAGUUGUCAUCUGCUUGGCGACAGCGGCUACCCAUGUCGGAGGUGGAUUUUAACACCAUUUUUGCGUCCCCUUCCUGGAUCACAGACAAACUACAACAGAUCACAUAAAAAAACCAGAAACUGUGUGGAAAGAGGUAUUGGACAACUGAAGCGGCGGUUUCAUGUACUACAUGGAGAAGUCAGACUUUCCCCACAGAAGGCUUGCAAGGUAAUAAUUGCUUGUGCAGUGCUGCACAAUAUCAGCAAGGACAGGAAUGUCCCAAUGCCAGGUCCAAGUGGGAGCAGCGGUCAACCUGGACAGGGGAGGGCACAGAUGCAAGGUUUGCCAGCCAUUGCUCCUACAGCAUCAGGAGCCAGAUACAGGGAACAAUUUGCGAUCAGCUUCUUUUAAUUGCCUCCACAGAAGGCUGAUGCUGGCACUGACAGGCUGUCUUCUCUGGCAGGUGGUAAAUGUUCACCACGUCCUGGACCUCGUCCCCGACCAUGAUAGGGCUACAACAAAAUCAUGAUUUGUAAAAUGUAUAAGAGAAUGAAAUACAUGUUCAUAAUAUUUCCAUA